AUGGUUGCGGAACGCCAGAGCUUCGAAAUUUCUUCGAGGUGUCAUCUUCUUGAUCGCAUCCAUAACGUUGUUAUGGAUACGGAAGUCCGAUGCGCGGUUCCACCUGCAACUGCGUGUCAGCACUGCCACUUCGAGGAAGUGCGCCAAACUGAACGUGAUGUACCUGCUCCGCUGCAGGACCUGCGUUCUCAACUUGAGAAACCCGAUGCAGCCCGUGCUGGUUCUCGCAACGCUAGUGCAGGCAUUAUGAUUACCCUCGGUUCUGGGCCUCGUACGUUCCCGCAAUUUCCACAAUGGCAUGCAUGGGGAAGCUACGCAGCUUCGAUGUAUCUGUGA